AUGGCAUCCACCGUCAGUCAUUAUGAUCGCAUGAAUCGGGGAGGAACAGAAAAUGGAGUUUCUUACAGCUAUUCAGCUGCUAAUGGACUUGCUACGCUUAACAGGCUCCUUGUGGAUGGGAACUACAUUGACGGAUCUUGGGAACUGUCAGUUUACGUUGAAGAUCUUGGUGCGGAGGUAAAAGUUCGGGUUUUGGGUGAUUUGACUUUGGGAGGACUGAUGCACCGAAUUGUUGAGUGUGCGAAUCGACAGCAAAGCUGGUCCGAUCAUGGGGUUUGGUGGGCUGACCGCAAUAUGUGGCUUUUACACAAUAGAACCACCUUGGAUCAAUACGGAAUCCAGUCUGACGCGAAACUGGUGUUCCGCCGGAUGCAUGGCAAUCUCCAAGUGAUAUUACCUUCGAUGGUCUCUGUGGUGCUUCGUGUAAAUUAUUCCGCUCGUGUGUUUAAUGUUGUCCGAGGAAUUUGCAAGGAACUGAACAUUCGACAUCCAGAAGAAUUGUCUCUGUCCUUUCCAAUCACCAAGGCCCACCUGAAAUCCAAUUUGCCUCACCCGGAUCUUCGGCAGGGAGUCCGGAUUUCUCCGGCGCCUACGAGCUUCCAGUCGCGCCCCACGCAAGCUUCCGCCAUGCGUUCCAAGUUCUCCACUUCCGGCUCACCCACACCGCUCAGUCCUGGUGUCGACGCAUCACCACGUAGCCCAUACGGAACACUCCAUUCUACCGCAGGGACUAUGGCCCGAAUGCACUCAGAGAACUCUCUAGAUCGUGAGCGAUUGGACGUUGCGCAAUAUGCUGACUGUAACUUUAGGCGACGUGCCAAAACAGUGUUCGGUGAGGAUUGGUUACUAAAACCGAAAAAUUUGGUUCAGAAAGCCCGGCUAAAUAGCGGUUGGCUUGACUCAUCCCGAUCCCUUCUGGAACAUGGAAUCGAGCCUCCACCGACCGGAUAUGAAGAAGCUGGUACUGCUUUACCGACAUUGUACCUGUGCUUCAAGUUCUUUGCAUUUUAUGAUAUCAAUAUGAAGUACGAUGCCGUGAGAAUACAUCAGUUGUACGAACAAGCACGUUGGUCUAUAUUGUCAGGUCUGAUUGACUGUACAGAGGAUGAAAUGAUCGUUUUCGCAGCCUAUCAGCUGCAAGCUGAGUUGCAGUCCACAGCAGUCAGACAAAUGAUGUAUCCGGGGUCUCUCACAGAACCCUCGAGCCCAAACUAUUAUCCCACCUUUGGACCAGGUAGCAGCACAUUGGGUACGCAUUAUGCGCAUAGACUGCGAAGCAGCCCAGAACUCUCGAAACGACAACCAACUGCUCUUGGAUCACCCUAUUACGGGGUUAGUGAACAGGGAGGCAGUUCAUCGCUUAUGCGUCUCUCCGGAAACGCAUCUCCGUUUCCAAGUGCAAGUGUAGUCGAUGGCGCUUCCCAACAGCAGCUUCAGGGCGGAGUAGAUGAGGUAGAUGCCUUGCUGGCAGAACUAGAACAAUCAUGUGGGGUAGCCGAGGAACCGGGUUCAGCGUCUAGAGCUCUACAGAAUUCCCCAGACACUUACGGUGGGACGCUGCGCUCUAAUCUUCGUAGUUGUGAUGUCACAGAUACGGCUGAGAUCCCUUCGUUGCAAGAUAGUCUGCGAGUAUUCAAGGAACGUACUCUUUUGUUGCGGCGUUACAAGGUUUAUUGGGUUGUUAUUCGGGAGGCUCGACUCCAUUUGUACAAAAGUCAACGUGAUUGUGAGCAUCCUCUGUACAGCUAUUCGCUGCGUGAUUGUACCAUCACCCCUGAUGUGAGCACAGCAACUCACAAGUAUAUCCUUAAACUCUCUGUCCUCCCUGAAUCCACAGAAAGUGGUGGUCGCGAUGAGCUCUGGCUGCGCUUUGAAGCAGCUGAGCAAUAUGCCCGAUGGUUAGCGGCCUGCCGUCUGGGCUCAAAAGGUAAAACCUUGGCCAGUCGAGUCGCUUACGAUCGAGAGGUCGAUACAAUAUUGGAAAUUCUCCGACUCCAAGUGCCUGGACCUACUCCCGCCAUCUCUGCGGAUGAAUCAGUAAAGUACCUGGGCGACCUGAGUGAUUUUUGCGCAGAUCGGAUCAUCCGGAAGGCCAAGUCAAAAGACUAUCUACGGCACCGAAUAACUGAGGCUCAUGUGAGUAUUCGUGAUUUAUCUCUGCUUGAAACAAAGUACAAGUUCAUUCAAGCGUGGCAACGCCUCACUGGCUUUGGUCGAAGCUACUUCACUGUAGAGUUCGACCGUGGGACUAACCUCGGGUUGAAUACGAACAACGGUGGGUUUUUCAGUGCUCCUAUGGAUGAUGUUGUUGCCAUAUGUCAAGGUCGGUUCGAGAUCAUAUCUCCACAUACUGGCGAUGUGCUUCGGGCCUGGAACUUUACAGACCUCCGUGCGUGGAAUGUGAACUGGGAAGCCGGAAAAGUGGUUCUGGACUUUCGAACCGGCUCUCUAACUUUUCGACCGCUUUGUACAAACUGCAAGACCAUUGUUGAGUUUAUCGGCGGCUAUGUUUUCUUAAGUCAGCGAACUCCAGAAAAAAGUCAGGAUUGCAACGAACGCUUAUUUCAUCGUCUAACUGGGGCCUCUGAGUGA